CAGAGAAGAAUUCGCAUUGGUACACUCAUAAAUAGUGCCUGGACCGGACCGGACCUGCAGCGUCCAGCGGAGACGCGUCUGUUGCCAAAUACAGUGCCAUCCCACUUCAAUGUCGAGUUGUCACUAUUGUGCCAUGCGGACGGCGUGUCACUCCCGACAAAUGCGUAUUGUGGUUCAUCUUCUUGUUUAAUAUAAUUAUGGCCGAGCGGUCGUUACAAAAGUAUCAGAAAUUGGAUUUAGUGACGGUUGGAAGCAGCUCAGGAAGCAGUGCUAGCAGGGCAUCAACAGGACUCCUUAGGCGGGGGGCACUUGGGUCGAAAGGGAGCCCAUCGCUUAGCUGAUAGAAUGGGUGGCCCAAAAAAAGAGGAAAACCCACCAGGUGGAGGUCCGACGUCAUUGUUUAUCCUAACCGAGGAUAACCCAAUAAGAAAGUACACACGAUUCAUCAUUGAAUGGCCACCCUUUGAGUACGCUGUGUUAUUGACAAUCAUAGCCAACUGUGUUGUGUUGGCACUAGAGGAACACUUGCCAGAAAGCGACAAGACAGUAUUGGCUCAAAAAUUGGAGAAAACAGAGGCCUAUUUUAUAUGCAUUUUCUGUGUAGAAGCAUCGCUCAAGAUCAUUGCCUUAGGGCUUGUUCUGCAUAAACACUCCUAUCUCAGGAAUAUUUGGAACAUCAUGGAUUUUUUCGUUGUAGUGACGGGAUUUGUGACACUAUACCCAAAUUUGGGGCCCGAGGUAGACCUAAGAACACUUAGAGCCAUUCGUGUGCUACGGCCCUUAAAAUUAGUGUCUGGAAUUCCUAGUUUACAAGUAGUUUUAAAAUCUAUAAUCAAGGCGAUGGCACCUUUACUGCAAAUCGGUCUCUUGGUGUUGUUUGCAAUCGUAAUUUUUGCAAUCAUUGGACUCGAGUUUUAUUCGGGCACACUGCAUAAGACUUGUUAUAGCUUAGAAGAUCCAAACAGACUUGUGAAAGAAGGGGAGUCUGAGACACCCUGCAACACGGAUAACUCCACAGAAAAAUCAGGAGGCUCCUUUGUGUGUAAUAGUACGACGAGUAUGUGUCUAGACAAAUGGGAUGGACCAAAUUCAGGCAUAACAAGCUUUGAUAAUAUUGGAUUUGCAAUGUUGACGGUGUUCCAAUGUAUUACAAUGGAAGGCUGGACGUCAAUACUAUAUUGGACCAACGACGCAUUAGGUUCAGCAUUUAAUUGGAUAUAUUUCGUGCCUCUUAUAGUUAUAGGUUCAUUUUUUAUGCUUAACCUAGUUCUUGGUGUGUUAAGUGGUGAAUUCGCAAAAGAACGAGAAAAAGUAGAAAAUAGACAAGAGUUUCUUAAACUUAGAAGGCAGCAACAACUAGAAAGAGAGUUAAACGGCUAUGUUGAAUGGAUUUGUAAAGCUGAGGAGGUUAUAUUAGCCGAAGAAAGAACAACUGAGGAAGAAAAGAUGCACAUCAUGGAAGCUCGUAGACGAAACGCAGCUAAAAGAAAAAAGCUGAAAAGUUUGGGCAAGUCGAAGUCAACCGACACUGAGGAAGAGGAAGCUGAGGAGGAUUAUGGUGAUGAUGGUUAUCUGAAAACUCGAUCGAAACCCCAAGGCAGUUGCACAGGAUUCUGGCGAGCUGAAAAGCGAUUCCGCUUUUGGAUACGACACACAGUAAAAACACAGUGGUUCUAUUGGUUCGUAAUAGUUCUGGUGUUUCUGAACACAGUUUGUGUUGCUGUUGAGCACUAUGGCCAGCCAACAUUUUUAACAGAAUUUUUGUAUUACGCGGAAUUCAUAUUCCUUGGCCUAUUUAUGUCAGAAAUGUUCAUCAAGAUGUAUGCGCUCGGGCCUCGCAUUUACUUCGAAUCGUCGUUUAACCGUUUUGAUUGUGUCGUCAUUAGUGGUUCGAUAUUCGAGGUGAUCUGGUCAGAAGUUAAAGGUGGCUCUUUCGGGUUGUCUGUAUUACGUGCACUUCGACUGUUGCGCAUCUUCAAAGUUACCAAAUAUUGGUCAUCACUGCGCAAUCUAGUAAUUUCGUUACUGAACUCAAUGAGAUCAAUUAUCUCAUUGUUGUUCCUGCUCUUCUUAUUCAUACUGAUAUUUGCACUGCUUGGCAUGCAGUUGUUUGGUGGUCAAUUCAAUUUGCCUGGAGGCACACCUGAAACAAAUUUUAACACCUUCCCCAUUGCACUUUUAACCGUAUUUCAAAUCCUAACCGGAGAAGAUUGGAAUGAAGUUAUGUAUCAGGGUAUUAUAUCGCAAGGUGGUGCAAAGAAAGGAAUGAUUUACUCUAUAUACUUUAUCGUUUUGGUACUCUUCGGUAAUUAUACACUUUUAAAUGUGUUCUUGGCUAUCGCCGUCGACAAUUUGGCGAAUGCUCAAGAGCUUACCGCAGCCGAAGAGGAACAAGUCGAAGAGGAUAAAGAGAAACAACUCCAAGAGCUAGAGAAGGAAAUGGAAGCUCUUCAAGGGGAUGGUGUGCACUUGGAGAAUGGUGAUACCACUUUAGCCACCAGCAAAGGCAAAGGCAAAAAGAAAGUAGAAGAGAAAAAGGAGGAAGAGGAAGUGACGGAAGGGCCCAAGCCAAUGUUACCAUAUUCAUCGAUGUUUAUACUUUCUCCAACAAAUCCCAUACGACGUGGUGCCCAUUGGGUCGUUAAUUUACCAUAUUUUGAUUUCUUCAUAAUGGUCGUCAUCUCCAUGUCAUCAAUAGCAUUAGCAGCCGAAGAUCCCGUUCGUGAGAACUCGAGGCGAAACGAAAUAUUGAAUUACUUUGAUUAUGCAUUUACCGGCGUAUUCACGAUAGAAAUGUUGCUGAAAAUUGUAGACUUGGGUGUGAUACUACAUCCUGGCAGCUAUUUAAGAGAAUUCUGGAAUAUUAUGGAUGCUGUGGUCGUUAUAUGCGCUGCUGUUAGCUUCGGUUUCGAUAUGAGUGGUAGCAGCGCUGGACAAAAUUUAUCAACUAUUAAAUCUCUUCGAGUAUUGCGUGUACUACGUCCAUUAAAGACCAUUAAACGUGUUCCAAAAUUAAAAGCCGUCUUCGAUUGCGUCGUGAACUCAUUAAAAAAUGUUGUUAACAUUCUAAUCGUGUACAUAUUGUUUCAAUUUAUAUUUUCUGUUAUUGGUGUACAAUUGUUCAAUGGAAAAUUUUUUUAUUGUACGGACGAAAGUAAACAUACUUCCGAAGAGUGCCAGGGCUCGUAUUUUAAAUACGAGGAAGACGAAUUGCUGCCCAAACAAGAGAGGCGAGUGUGGAAGCCACGCAGCUUUCAUUACGACAAUGUCGCUGCCGCUAUGCUGACGCUAUUCGCUGUACAGACCGGCGAAGGAUGGCCACAGGUCUUGCAACACUCAAUGGCUGCCACUUACGAAGAUAGGGGUCCAAUCCAAAAUUUCCGGAUCGAAAUGUCCAUCUUUUAUAUAGUAUAUUUUAUUGUAUUUCCAUUCUUCUUCGUCAACAUAUUCGUGGCCUUGAUAAUCAUUACAUUUCAAGAGCAAGGCGAAGCUGAAUUGCAAGAUGGCGAAAUUGACAAAAAUCAGAAAUCUUGUAUUGAUUUUACCAUCGGGGCUCGGCCACUUGAACGUUAUAUGCCCAAAAAUCGUAACACCUUCAAGUACAAAGUGUGGAGAAUUGUUGUGUCUACACCCUUCGAAUACUUUAUAAUGAUGUUGAUUGUGUUCAAUACACUUUUGUUGAUGAUGAAGUAUCAUAAUCAAGGUGAGAUGUAUGAAAAAUCGCUCAAAUACAUCAACAUGGGAUUUACUGGCAUGUUCAGUGUUGAAACUGUGCUAAAGAUAAUUGGAUUCGGUGUCAAGAACUUUUUCAAGGAUCCGUGGAAUAUUUUCGAUCUUAUUACUGUACUAGGCAGCAUUGUGGAUGCUCUCUGGAUGGAAUUCGGGCACGAUGAUUCGAACUCAAUCAACGUCGGCUUCUUGCGUUUGUUUCGUGCGGCGCGCCUCAUAAAAUUACUCCGUCAAGGAUAUACAAUCCGCAUUCUUCUUUGGACAUUUGUACAAUCAUUUAAAGCACUUCCAUAUGUCUGUUUGCUUAUAGCAAUGCUAUUUUUUAUAUACGCCAUAAUUGGCAUGCAGGUAUUCGGAAAUAUCAAACUAGGUACAGUGGAAAAUUCCAUAACUAGACACAACAACUUCCAGUCAUUUGUUCAAGGCGUCAUGUUGCUCUUCAGAUGUGCAACGGGCGAGGCGUGGCCAAACAUAAUGCUUGCGUGCCUCAAGGGCAAGGCCUGUGACGAUGAUGCCGAAAAGGCUGCCGGAGAAUACUGUGGAUCGACCUUGGCCUACGCAUAUUUCGUAUCGUUUAUAUUCUUUUGUUCAUUUCUAAUGCUAAAUCUGUUCGUGGCCGUUAUCAUGGAUAAUUUUGAUUAUCUAACGAGGGACUCCAGUAUAUUGGGUGCUCAUCACUUAGACGAAUUUGUGCGCAUAUGGGCGGAAUAUGAUCCAAAUGCGACUGGCAGAAUACAUUAUACCGAAAUGUAUGAUAUGCUGAAAAAUAUGGAUCCUCCAUUGGGAUUCGGUAACAAGUGCCCAAAUCGUCUUGCCUACAAGAAACUUAUACGUAUGAAUAUGCCACUGGAUGAUGAAUUAAGAGUUCAAUUUACUACCACGUUGUUUGCUUUGAUUCGGGAGAAUCUUAGCAUUAAAAUGCGAGCACCUGAAGAGAUGGAUCAGGCAGAUAUGGAACUCAGGGAAACAAUAACCAACAUUUGGCCAUUACAAGCUAAAAAAAUGUUAAACUUACUGGUUCCUCCCAUUGAUCAGCUAAACAAGGGAAAACUGUCAGUUGGUAAAAUCUAUGCAGGUUUUCUUAUAUUGGAGUCCUGGCGUAAUACAAGAUUUGGCCAGAUUGAUUCAGGCAUGCCGAUGCUGGAAUUACAAGAUGCCUCGAGACAUCCAUCACAAGAAUCGUUAACUGGUGCCGAUGCUGGCCAUUUACAUCCUGGACAUUCGUACAUAAAUGGUCAUCGACAUUCGCCUAGUUUGAGACACAACGGCUCUCCAUUAGCCAGAUCACCAAGUCCUAGACGGCGCGGCCAUCAAUACAUACAUCAUGAUAUCGGGUUCUCCGAUACCGUAUCUAAUGUUGUAGAGAUGGUCAAGGAGACUCGUCAUCCUAGGCAUGGAAAUAAUCAUCCCCGGUAUCCAAGAGGUUCAUGGUCAGCAUCGACAAGUCCAGCCCGUUCGCCUUCGCCUUCUCGUUAUGGUGGUCAUUUGUCUCGCAGUAAACGCACUCAACUGCCUUAUCCCACAUAUGGGACUACAAGUUUAUGUCAAAGAUCACGAUCGCCGAGUCCCGCUCGACUUCAGGAGAUGCGUGAACGAGAUAGACUUGGUUAUGGGAUUGAUAUGGGUGGCACACAUGUGCAGCAUAGUUACCCAACGCUCGCCUCUCGUCGUGCUGGGAUCGGACGACGCCUACCACCGACUCCAAGCAAACCGUCGACACUCCAGCUUAAGCCAGCCAAUAUCAAUUUUCCCAAACUGAAUGCGAGUCCAACACACACGCAUCACUCAACACCUCACAGUGUUCACUCACUGCCACAUCACCGUGACCUAUUGCGGGAUCCAAGAGACGUGUAUUAUAGUAGAAGAGAACGGGAAAAUGAUCGCGAACGCUUAAGAAAUCGAGAUCGAUUACAUGAAUAUGAUCUGCGUUACGAGUAUCGAGACCGUGAGCGAGAGAUGUACGAACGUGAGCGCGAUCGUGAACGGGAAGUGGAAAGAGAAAGACUGGAAUAUAUAGCACCGCUGUCGUUUGAACAGGCGUUAGCAAUGGGCCGAACGGGUCGUGUUCUGCCAUCUCCUGUUCUUAAUGGUUUUAAGCCAAAGAGCGGACUUACACGGCAUUCCGAUUCCGAUGAGGAGGAUUGGUGCUAGCAAAGGCUUUGAUUGCGAUCGCAUAAUCGAAAAGAACAGAUCUGGGUAUAGCAUCAGGCCAUUUGCUCAUCGUUAUCAGCACCAAACUUAGAUCACAAUUUUGAUACGAUACGAAGGAGAAAUCGAUAUAUUUUCACCAUGUCACCAAUAUCACGAGCAACAACAACAACAUCAAGAACAAGAGCAUUCCAUAUUAAAUUGUCUCCAGAAGCUUCACUAAAAUAUGAAUUAGGCCCAAAUCGACAACCGCAAUCGCAACAUUUUUUACCCAAUUACUCGAAUAGCGACGAUUCAUCGAUCGAUUCAAAGAUGGAUGUUGCAAUAGCAGUCAAGUCAUUACCUGUGACGAGGACAACAUCGCCCCAAGCGAAUAUACUAUUAGGAAAAAAUACCAACAAAACAACAUUAACUGCAACAAAACUAAAACCAAUACCAAUGACACCAACAAAUCAGACAAUGAUACUACCAAUUACAAGAACAAUAUCAGUAGACAUUAAAAAAGUUUAUUCAGAUAACGAUAUAAAUUAUAGUGAUGCCAUUUCUAAAGAUAGAUUAACGCUAUCUGCGGAUAUCCAGGCGCAUCAAUACCGCGAACAUAACCAUAAUCAAUGUCACCAGAAACUAAAAUCAGAAGAUCGCCAAAAGAUGCUGUAUUCGUAUCAUACACUUUAAGAGCAGGACCUGAAUUUCCUAACAAAUGCAAAAACGGAUCAUAAAAAAUCUAGUGAAUAACUGAUAACUGAAUGAAUGGCAGCAAAAAAGAUAUGAAACGUAUUGUAUGUAAAAUUUUUCAAAUAUAUGUAUUCAGAUUAUAGGUUUAAAUAGGUAGUAUCUAUGUAUAUGAUAUAUGUAUGAAGGUACUCGUAUAUAUUCUUAGUCAUCUAGUAUAUAUUUACAUUCAUAACUCGAUGAAUCUGUAAUCCA